CCCUUAGCUUCCCAUAAUUCACUCACUCACUUCAUUAAGAUUUCCAUCUGAUUCGGGGUUUUUUAUUUUCUUGAAUAUUGAUAAGCGCGUAUAUACACGCACGCUCGAUAUGGCCGCCCCCAAGGCGAAGAAGCUUGGGGCUGUGUUAUUCCGAUCAAAGAAGAGGCCGCGUGGAGGUCAACAACAAGCAACAAUUCACAAGCGGCGGCGGACAAUUGACAGCCGCGGCGGCGGGGGCGGAGAUCUCUGCCGAAAAACCACACCACCGGCCACCAAAGCAUUGAAGUCGUCGUCAUCAAACAAUCACAAUUGUCGUCCAAUAGUAAGAGCAGCAAGAGAUGAUGAUGAUCACGUGAUCAAUAAGAUCGACAAAAAGACGCCACCGCCUGCGGCCGUUGAAAUCCCACUUUCCCGCCCCAUGGCCCUACGCGCCGAGAUGAUGAAGGUGCGGUACGCGGAGACAAUCGCCAAAGGCAAGCAAGAAGAAACUGGGCGACCCGAAUUGGAAGGCGGAGGAGGAGGAGGAGGCAAUGAGGCUGCGGCGGCGGCGGCAGCAGAUAGAAAGAGAAAGGGCGGCGGCGAGGAUUGAGGUGGACAAGAUUCAGAAGACCGUUGAGUUUAAUGAUGCUCAUUCUCUGAUGAUUGACUUCUACCGUUUAAUUUGUUCUUCUUGUUAGGUCAAUUAAUUACUUUCUUGAAAUUAAUUCGUUUCUUGAAAUUCAUUCAUUCUUGUAAAGUUCUUACAACAUUAAUUGAUGUAAUCGCCGUAAGUUUAAUGCGAGUUUUUUUUGGGGA